GUGAAGGUGAAACUCAGAAGCUCCAUUUUGUGUCGAGGGGAAAAUAAACCAUUUCAGGAGUAAAAACACAGCUGUUUUAGGACUUGAUACGGUGACUAUUUCCUGUAAGUGAACUCUGUGCUGAUACAGGGUUUGAUUUAACACAUCGAUGUUGGAGUGAAGUAAACGUGUGUCCUGCUGUAAUCUGGAGAAGGAGACAUGACCUCCAACAUGAGUGUGUCUGGAAAACAGGACUUAAAGAAAGACGAGAGAAUGAUGAAGGGAAAGAGAUCAGACUCACCAGAACCCAGCUGUGUGUCCAUGAAGAGUGACGCGUCAAUGGGACUUCCAAUGACCUUCAGAGACAGAGACAGUUCUACUGAUGUGAGACCACAAAAGGAAAAAUCAAACAUCAGCACAAAUCAGUUGGAGUCCAUAUUCAAGGAGCUGGAACACAAAGUCAUCACUCUGAUAAAGAAUGAGCUGAAGAGGUUUAGGAAGCUCCUGAGUCCAGAUUACCCAGCAUGCACUGAGAGGGAGAUGGAGGAUGAGGAGGAACUGCCCAGUGUCCGAGAGGGAGCACUGAAGAUCACACUACACGUCCUGACGAACAUGAACCACACAGAUCUCGCUAACACACUGCACAACAAACUCAUCUCUGUGUAUCAGCCAAAGUUGAAAUCCAACCUGAGAGAGAAGUUUAAAAGAAUUAAUGAAGGAAUCUCACAGCAUGGAAGCUCAGCACUUCUGAAUGAGAUCUACACAGAGCUCUACAUCACAGAGGGUUGGAGUGGAGACGUCAAUAAUGAACAUGAGGUGAGACAGAUUGAGACAGUGUCCAGGAGACCAGCAACACAGGAGAAACCCAUCAAAUGUAAUGACCUCUUUAAAGACAAGUCCAUCAGAACUGUGCUGACUAAAGGAGUUGCUGGAAUUGGAAAAACAGUCUCUGUGCAGAAGUUCCUUCUGGACUGGGCUGAAGGAAAAGCAAAUCAGGACGUCUCCUUCAUGUUUCCACUUCCCUUUAGAGAGCUGAAUUUGAUGAAGCAGAAAAAUCUCAGUCUGAAGAAUCUUCUUCAUCACUUUUUCCCAGAAAUGAGAAAACUACAAUUAAUAGACUCCUACAAAGUGGUGUUUAUCCUUGAUGGUCUGGAUGAGUGUCGACUUCCUCUAAAUUUCCAGAACAAUGAGAGAUUGUGUGAUGUGACAGAGCCAGCCUCAGUGGAUGUGCUGCUGACAAACCUCAUCAAGGGGAAUCUGCUUCCCUCUGCUCUCCUCUGGAUAACCUCUCGACCAGGAGCAGCCAAUCAGAUCCCUCCUGAAUGUGUAGACCAGGUAACAGAGGUACGAGGCUUCAGUGAUCCUCAGAAAGAGGAGUACUUCAGGAAGAGGAUCAGUGAUCAGAGCCUGGCCAGUAAAAUCAUCCCACACAUGAAGUCUUCAAGAAGCCUCUACAUCAUGUGCCACAUCCCAGUCUUCUGCUGGAUUUCAGCCACUGUUCUAGAGAGAAUGUUGGGUGAAGCAGAGAGUGGAGAGAUCCCCAAGACUCUGACUCAAAUGUUCACACACUUCCUGAUCUUUCAGAUCAAACACAAGGACCAAAAGUACCAUCAGAAAUGUGACCCUGAUCCUCAGCAGACCAGAGAGAGUAUCCUGGCACUGGGAAAACUGGCUUUCCAACAGCUGGAGAAAGGAAACCUGAUCUUCUAUGAGGAAGACCUGAGAGAGUGUGGCAUUGAUGUCAGAGAAGUGUCAGUGUACUUAGGAGUGUGUACCCAAAUCUUCAGAGAGGAGUUUGGGCUUCACCUGGGGAAGGUGUUCAGCUUUGUACAUCUGAGUGUUCAGGAGUUUCUGGCUGCAUUAUACACAUUUCUUUCCUUCAUCAGCAGAAAUGAAACAGAACAACAAAUCACUGAUCUGUCUGAUCUUUUCAGAAAGUCAAACAUGUCUGAUUUUCUCAGGAGUGCAGUGGACAAAGCCUUACAGAGUGAGAAUGGACACCUGGACCUGUUCCUCCGCUUCCUUCUGGGUCUCUCCCUGGAGUCCAAUCAGACUCUCUUACGAGGCUUAAUGCCACAGACAGGAAGCAGCUCUCACAGCAAGCAGGAAACAGUCGAGUACAUCAAGGAGAAGAUCAGGGAGAAUCCAUCUCCAGAGAAAUCCAUCAAUCUGUUCCACUGUCUGAAUGAACUGAAUGAUCAUUCUCUAGUGCCGGAAGUACAAUAUUACCUGACCGUAGGACGUGAUAUGUGUCUCAGGGGAACCAGACUCUCUCCUGCUCAGUGGUCAGCUCUGGUGUUUGUGUUACUGAACUCAGAACAGGAGCUGGAUGAGUUUAAUCUGAGUAAAUAUGACCCAUCAGAGGAAUGUCUUCUGAGGCUGCUGCCAGUGGUCAAAACCUCCAGAAAAGCCAUGCUGUGUGGGUGUAAUCUGACAGAGGAAAGCUGUAGAGUUCUGUCCUCAGUUCUCAGCUCAAACUCCUCCAGUCUGAGAGAACUGGACCUGAGUGGAAAUAAACUGCAGGAUUCAGGAGUGAAGCUGCUCUCUGCUGGACUGGAGAAUCCACACUGUACACUGGAGAAACUGGAGCUGUGUGGGUGUAAUCUGACAGAGGAAAGCUGUAGAGUUCUGUCCUCAGUUCUCAGCUCAAACUCCUCCAGUCUGAGAGAACUGAACUUGAGUAACAAUAAACUGCAGGAUUCAGGAGUGAAGCUGCUCUCUGCUGGACUGGAGAAUCCACACUGUACACUGGAGAUACUGAGCCUGCGUGAGUGUAAUCUGACAGAGGAAAGCUGUAGAGUUCUGUCCUCAGUUCUCAGCUCAAACUCCUCCAGUCUGAGAGAACUGGAUCUGAGUAAUAAUAACCUGCAGGAUUCAGGAGUGAAGCUGCUCUCUGCUGGACUGGAGAAUCCACACUGUACACUGGAGAAACUGAGGAUGCGUUACUGCAGUAUUACAGAUGAAGGUUGUGCUGCUGUGGCUUCAGCUCUGAGGUCAAACUCCUCAUCACACCUGAAAGAACUGGAUCUGAACAUUAAUAAUCCAGGAGAAUCAGGAGUGAAGCUGCUCUCUGAUCUACUGAAGGAUCCACACUGUAAACUGGAGACACUACACAUUAAGAAUCAUAAACUCACAAGGACUGGCAUAUCACAGGAGUCUCACCUCAAACCUCUUUUCCAGGAUAAAGCAGUUUUGGUGAAGCGUUAGAACCCGUCCCACAUUUCCAGCAGUUUGGGAGCUGAAUCAUUCAUAUUCAGAUGUAGAAGUUCCAUAACAAUAACUGUGACUGAUCACAUCCUUUUAUCCGCUCAGCUACAAGUUACUUCAGGCUUUAAUAACAUAUUUUACAAUCCAAAGUCAAAUCCUUCAGUGUCUACACACAACACAGAGAUAUCAUCACAUCAUCACACUGAUUACACAAAUACACAUCCAUGUGUUGUAGCUGUUUAUAGCUUAUUUUAGUUCCACAUUUUUAUCUAUUUAUUCACAGUGUUUUUCGGCUCAACAUAGAUUCAUUCAGUUUGUUGUAGCAUGACAGAUGAUUGAUGCACAGUUGUAAUAUUGAUUUAAUCAUUUUUUUAUUAUUAAAAUAAUUGUUCCUUGUUUGCUAAUUUGUUUUAAUAGUAACCAUGUUAGUUUGACUAAGGGGGGCAGGGGGAACAUGUCUCCCCCUUCCUGGAAAAAAAAACAUCAACUGUUCCCCCUAUUUAUCAUUGUAGAAAUUAUGAUCUAAAACAAUAUAAUGCAUAAAGAAAGCAGCUGAGCUAAUUAUAGACACAAAACAUUAUAUAAAGUUUACAAUGAUUGUGCUGGUGAUGGCUGUUGUACAGUAAAUAAUGUGGUAAUGUUAGCUUCAAACAAAGCAUGUGUCAGUCAGACAUGCAUUUACUUUUACCCAUCAAUAAAACACAUUUCUAA